AUGACAUCGCUUUAUACUAUAGAUAAGCUUGAAGAAUCAAGCUACGAAACCUGGUUGGUGCAGAUGCGGAGUGUGCUGAUUCAUGGUGGUCUGUGGAAAGUGGUGACUGGCACGAAGCCUUCGAAUGCGGAAGAACUUACGCUAUGGACCGUGAAUGAUGAGAAGGCAUUGGCGACUAUCCUACUGAGUGUGAAGCCCAAUCAACUAAACUACGUAAAGAAUUGCAAACGAGAAUAUUGUGGAGUUUCUCAAUGCUUUUACGGAAAUAAGCUUGCAGAGAUUGGCAUAGUCAUUCAAGAAGAAUUGUUAAGUAUAAUUCUGCUUUCAAGUUUACCUAAAUCGUUUGAAAAUUUCUUCGUAGCGAUAGAGACACGUGAUAGUUUGCCUUCACUCAGCACCUUAAAGUUAAAGAUUUUAGAAGAAGGUGAGAGGCGAAAGCGACAAAAUGAAUCGUCAGACGAAGGCGGACAACAGACCUUCAUUGCCCGUGAGCAUGACAAAAAGCAAAAGAAAAAGUUUAAUGGCAAGUGCUUUGCAUGCGGGAAGAAGGGUCACUUUGCCAAUAAAUGCAAGGAAAAGCAAAAAGGUGGAGAGGCUGCAAUGAAUGUUAUAGCAACAGCAAACACACUGACUAGCUUCGAUCGAUCAUGU